GUGGCGUUUGGCUUUCCGGGUCACUCUCGAGGCGUGCUUUGGACAUAUAUAAGACGCGUUAGCGGAAAAGCAGAGAAAGAGUCCUCGGUGAUCGUCUUGGAGCACCUCAAAGAAAAAGAGACAAAAAUGACUGGCGUUGUGGUGCCUCUGAGCCUGCUGUUCCUCAUGUCUGUUAGCUCGGCGUGUUACAUCUCCAACUGUCCUAUUGGUGGCAAGCGCUCCAUCAUGGAUGCACCGCAGCGCAAGUGCAUGUCGUGCGGCCCCGGAGACAGGGGGCGCUGCUUCGGCCCCAGCAUCUGCUGCGACGAGGGUCUGGGCUGCUUUCUGGGUUCCCCGGAGUCGGCUCGGUGCGUAGAGGAGAACUACCUGCUCACCCCCUGCCAGGCAGGAGGCAGACCCUGUGGAUCUGAGGGGGGACGCUGCGCCGCUCCAGGACUCUGCUGCGAUGCAGAAAGCUGCAUCACAGAUCAGUCCUGCCUCACGGAGGAGGACCCAGACGACCAAACCAGUCAGGUAGAAGGCGGCAACCCAGCCGACGUCAUCCUCCGGCUCCUGCAUCUGGCCAGCCACACGUCUCACCGAACCCACCAAUGAGCUGCUUCCUCACAACCCGGACCCACAAGGACUUGCUCCUGCUGUAUAGUCGUGUUUCUGUAUAAAUGUCAUCACUUUUUUCUCUCCCUCUCUCUCUCUCUCUCUCUCUCUCUCUCUCUCUCUCUCUCUCUCUGACAGAGUGCUUCUAGAACGCCUUUGUUGAUACAUUUUUAUGUAUUUAGAAAAAAAAAAGGAUAAAAUUUGCAAAUCUUCCGGAUUCCUGCAUGCCGAAAUAAAGUUUAAGGGGAGUAAAAAGU